CGGCGGACGGAGAGAGCGCGCGGAUAAACCAUGGCCGAGGGCGGCGAAGGAGAAGAGGAGAUUCUGUUCCUGAGAACAGAUGAUGAAGUUGUUCUUCAAUGUACCACAACCAUUGUCAAAUCGCAGAUUAAGCUCUGCCUUGCUGCUGAAGGAUUUGGAAAUCGACUCUGUUUCCUUGAACCAACAUCAAAUGCUAAGAAUGUGCCUCCAGACCUUGCAAUCUGCAGCCUUGUCCUGGAGCAGUCGCUCUCUGUCCGAGCUCUGCAGGAAAUGCUGGCCAACACCGUUGAAAAGGGCAAUGAGCCUCUUGAUCUGGACAAAUGGUCUUCUCAAGGAGGAGGGCACAGAACCCUUUUGUAUGGUCAUGCUAUUCUACUCAGGCAUUCUCAUAGUGGCAUGUAUUUAUGUUGUUUGACAACCUCAAGGUCUCUAACAGAUAAAUUAUCCUUUGAUGUUGGACUGCAGGAAGAUGCUUCAGGGGAAGCUUGCUGGUGGACUAUUCAUCCAGCCUCCAAACAGAGGUCGGAAGGUGAGAAAGUACGUGUAGGUGAUGACCUCAUCCUUGUCAGUGUUUCUUCUGAGAGAUAUCUGCAUUUAUCUUGUGCCAGCGGAGAUUUGCAAGUGGAUGCCUCUUUUAUGCAGACUCUUUGGAAUAUGAACCCUACCUGCUCAGGCUGUGAGCUUGCUGAAGGAUUUUUAACUGGAGGGCAUGUUCUUCGCCUGUUCCAUGGUCAUAUGGAUGAAUGUCUGACCGUAGCAUCAUUUGAUCAGGGUGAAGAUCAACGCAGGUUAGUUCAUUAUGAAGGUGGUGCAGUGUGCAGCCAUGCCAGGUCCUUGUGGCGAUUGGAGCCAUUACGCAUCAGCUGGAGUGGUAGCCACAUGAAAUGGGGUCAGUCUUUCCGUAUUCGUCAUGUUACCACAGGCAAAUAUUUGGGCCUGGAUGAAGAGAAAGGGCUUUUACUCUUUGAACAGGAGAAAUCAAACAUCAAAAUCACUUCAUUUUGUUUCCGAAUCUCAAAGGAUAAAAUCGAUACAUCUCAUAAAAGGGAUGUAGAAGGCAUGGGAACCCCUGAGAUCAAGUACGGUGAGUCGAUGUGCUUUGUCCAACAUGUGAACAGUGGACUUUGGUUGACGUAUGCAGCAGCUGAUACCAAAACAGUCCGCUUGGGACUUUUGAAGAGAAAAGCUAUACUACACCAAGAAGGACACAUGGAUGAUGCACUUUCACUAUCACGUUCGCAACAAGAGGAAUCCCAGGCUUCACGAAUGAUUUAUAGCACAGGCGGCCUUUUCAACCAAUUCAUUAAUGGUCUAGAUAUGCUAAGUGGAAAGAAUAAGUCUUCAGCUCCAGUAUCCUUACUUAUUGAUACCAUAGUGCUGAGCCUUCAGGAUCUGAUCAACUACUUCCAACACCCCGAAGAGGAGCUUGCUCAUGAAGAGAAGCAGACCAAAUUACGCUCACUCAAAAAUAGGCAGAAUUUAUUCCAGGAAGAGGGCAUGAUUCAACGGGUAUUGGAUUCCAUUGACCGAAUGAACAUGUAUAACAGCGCAGCUCAUUUCUCUGAGUUUGCGGGAGAAGAAGCAGCUGAAUCUUGGAAAGAAAUUGUUAACCUUCUUUAUGAACUGUUAGCUGCUCUCAUCCGUGGAAAUCGUAGAAAUUGUGCUCUCUUUUCCGAUAACCUUGACUGGUUGGUCAGUAAACUGGAUCGACUGGAAGCUUCUUCAGGUAUCCUAGAAGUCCUGUACUGUGUUUUGAUUGAAAGCCCUGAAGUUCUGAACAUCAUAACAGAAAACCAUAUCAAAUCAAUUAUCUCUCUUUUGGACAAACAUGGACGAAAUCAUAAGGUGCUGGAUGUAUUGCGCUCUCUCUGUGUCUGCAAUGGCGUGGCAGUACGAUCGAAUCAAAAUCUUAUUACGGAGAAUCUACUUCCUGGUCGUGAUCUGCUGCUCCAAACAAACAUGAUUAACUAUGUCACCAGCAUGAGGCCAAAUAUUUUUGUGGGUACAUAUGAAGGUUCUACACAAUAUAAGAAGUGGUACUUUGAACUGAUUGUGGACUAUGUUGACCCAUACGUAACACCACAAUCUACUCAUCUACGAGUAGGCUGGGCGUUAACAGAGGGUUACAGCCCUUAUCCAGGAGGAGGUGAGGGCUGGGGGAGCAAUGGAGUUGGAGACGACUUAUAUUCCUAUGGUUUUGAUGGACUUCACCUGUGGUCAGGACAUAUUGCCAAGGCAGUUGCUGCUCCUGAUGCACACUUGCUUGCUGCUGAUGAUGUUGUUAGUUGCUGCCUUGACUUGAGUGUUCCAAGUAUCUCUCUACGGAUCAAUGGUCAUCCUGUGCAAGGCAUGUUUGAAAAUUUUAAUGUGGAUGGCCUCUUUUACCCUGUGGUUAGCUUUUCUGCAGGAGUCAGGGUCAGAUUUUUACUAGGUGGUAGGCAUGGGGAAUUCAAGUUUAUGCCUCCACCUGGUUAUUCUCCUGGUUAUGAAGCACUACUACCAAAGGAAAGAAUGAGAAUAGAGCCCAUCAAACAAUAUAAGCAUGAUUUUGAUGGCACUCGAAAUCUUUUGGGCCCUGUACAAUCACUGUCACAUACUGAAUUUGCUCCGUCUCCUGUGGAUACAGCGCAGAUUGUUCUACCACCUCAUCUGGAACGUAUACGAGAGAAAUUAGCUGAAAACAUACAUGAGCUUUGGUCUAUAACAAAGAUCGAGAUAGGUUGGACGUAUGGCACAAUCCGAGAUGACAACAAAAAACUGCACCCUUGUCUCGUUGAGUUUCAUAGGUUACCUGAACCUGAGAGAAACUACAACUUGCAAAUGUCUGGUGAAACUCUGAAAACCCUCCUGGCAUUAGGGUGCCAUGUUGGAAUGGCUGAUGAAAAGGCAGAAGAAAAUCUAAAGAAAAUUAAAAUGGCCAAAUCGUACCUUAUGACAAGCGGUUAUAAACCUACUCCACUUGACCUUUCCCAUGUAAAACUUACUCCAGCCCAGAAUACUUUGGUGGACAAACUGGCUGAAAAUGGUCACAAUGUCUGGGCACGGGAUCGCAUCCGCCAAGGGUGGACUUUCAGUAUUUUGCAGGACAUAAUGAAUAAGAGAAAUCCCCGCCUCGUACCAUAUAAUCUCCUGGAUGAACGCACAAAGACAACAAACCGAAACAGCUUGUGUGAGGCUGUCCGUACAUUGAUUGGUUACGGCUACAACAUUGAGCCACCAGAUCAAGAAACAAUUGCCCAUACCACAGGUAAAGGCCGCGGUGACAAGGUGCGGCUGUUUCGUGCUGAGAAGUCAUAUGCAGUGAAGUGUGGAAAGUGGUAUUUUGAAUUUGAAGCUGUGACUGUGGGAGAAAUGAGAGUGGGAUGGGCACGGCCUGACUGCAGGCCUGAUAUACCAUUGGGUGCUGAUGACCUUGCUUUUGUCUUUAACGGAUUUAAGGGACAGCGCUGGCAUGUAGGGAGUGAACCGUUUGGCCGUACGUGGCAAUCAGGUGAUGUGGUUGGCUGUAUGAUUGACCUGGACGAUAUGAACAUCAUGUUCACGCUCAAUGGAGAGAUGCUUAUCAGAGAUUCUGGUUCCGAAUUGGCUUUUAAGGACAUUGAAAUAGGCGAUGGGUUCAUUCCUGUGUGUAGCCUGGGACUUUCUCAGAUUGGGCGCAUUAACCUAGGCCAAGAUGUUAGCAGCCUGAGAUACUUCCCCAUCUGUGGUUUACAGGAAGGUUUUGAGCCCUUUGCUGUAAAUAUGAAACGGGAUAUCACAAUGUGGUUCAGCAAAAGUUUGCCUCAGUUUGUUCCUGUUCCUGCUGACCAUGGCCACGUUGAGAUUACAAGAAUUGAUGGAACAGUUGACAGCCCUCCUUGCUUGAAGGUUUCCCAUAAAACAUUUGGGUCUCAGAACAGCAACAGCGAUAUGCUGUUCUUUCGACUCAGCAUGCCUGUUGAGUUUCAUGACACAUUCAAAUGUACCCCGGGAACAACACCAUUAACCAGAAUGACAAUCCCAGAAGACGACGUUGAAGAUAUUGAUAUGGAUUCGGAGUUUGAAGUUCUUAAAAAAUCAGCCAGUCGAACUCAAACCGAAACCCCUGCCAAUGAGAAGGAGGGCUUGAAGGAUGCGGCUAAGGAACUGGCCAAAACAGAGAAUGAGAAAGAUUCCUCCUCUGAGAAAAGUAAAUCCAAAACCAGGUUCUUAUUUAAAAAAAAGCCUGCCUUUAUUAGUCCAUCACCAGUUACACCAACUGUUCCGCGCUUAAUACAAGAUGUUGUGCCGGAUGAUAGAGAUGAUCCAGAAAUUAUUUUGAACACAACCACGUAUUACUAUUCCGUAAGGAUAUAUGCUGGGCAAGAACCAAGUGGUGUGUGGGUUGGCUGGGUGACCCCAGAUUUUCACCAAUAUGAUGGCAACUUCGAUUUAUCCAAAGUUCGCACUGUCACGGUUUCUGUGGGAGAUGACCAAGGAAAAGUCCAUGACAGUAUGAAGCGCAGUAAUUGUUACAUGGUCUGGGGAGGUGAAUUUAGUAACAGCUCACAACCGAGCCGGAGUAAUGUCGACCUGGAGAUUGGGUGUCUUGUUGAUUUGGCGACUGGCCUCAUGACUUUCACAGCGAAUGGAAAAGACAUUAACACCUAUUACCAGGUUGAACCAAAUAAGAAGUUAUUCCCUGCCAUCUUUGUGCAGCCUUCCAGUCAGAAUAUGUGCCAGUUUGAACUUGGAAAGCUGAAGAAUAUUAUGCCCAUUUCAGCAGCAAUGUUUAAGAGUGAACGGAAGAAUACCACACCUCAAUGUCCUCCCAGACUUGACGUCCAAAUGAUCACACCAGUAGUGUGGAGUCGCAUGCCAAAUGACUUUUUGAUUGUAGACACUGGACGCAUCAGUGAACGGCAUGGUUGGAUGGUCGAAUGCAUUGACCCAAUUAUCAUGAUGGCACUACAUAUUCCUGAGGAAAACAGAUGUAUUGACAUCUUGGAGUUGUCUGAACGCAAAGACCUUUUGAAAUUUCACUACCACACAUUGCUACUCUACUGUGCUGUUUGUGCAUUAGGCAACAACCGGGUUGCCCAUGCCAUUUGUAGCCAUGUUGAUGAAUUUCAGUUACUCUACACUAUUGAGAACAUGUACAUAUCAGGUCUUCUACGUAGCGGCUAUUAUGAUCUACUUAUUAGUGUGCAUCUGGAAUCAGCUAAACGAUCUCGACUCAUGAUGAAUAAUGAGUUCAUUGUCCCUAUGACUGAAGAAACCAAACAUAUCACAUUGUUCCCAAAUGGGUACCGAGUUCAUGGCCUACCUGGUGUGGGAGUUUCCACAUGUUUGCGACCCCCACUCCAUUUUGCAUCUCUAUCAUUUGUUGGCACUAGUGAUGAUCGGUACCAGUUCAGCCCUGAGAUCCCAUUAGACAUUCUUAAAACAAAAGCAAUUAACAUGCUGACUGAGACUGUUCAAGACGGUGGACAACAUACAAGGGAUCCUGUAGGCGGAAGUGUGGAAUUCCAAUUUGUCCCAGUACUAAAACUUGCGAGCACUCUCCUUAUCAUGGGAGUCUUUGACGAUGAAGAUGUUAAACACAUACUUAAGAUGAUUGAACCUAAUGUGUUUGUUGAAGUCAAAGAAGAAGUCGAAAAAAUUGAAAGUGAAAAUGUAAAGGAAGAAGCAGUGCCAGCAGUCAAUGGAGAGGGCGAGGAUGAAGGAGAAGAAGCAGAAGAAAAAGAAGAAGAGAAAGAUGAGCAAGAGAUAGACGAGACAAAAGAAGAUAUUGUUGAAGAAGGUGCUAAGGAGGAGGAACUAGAGGAAGGACUGCUGCAGAUGAAACUGCCCGAAUCAGUCAAAUUACAGAUGUGCAAACUUUUGCAGUUCUUCUGCGACUGUGAAUUGCGACAUCGCGUUGAAUCGAUUGCAUCGCUUGCGGAUCGAUUUGUUAAUAGAAUGCAAACAGAUCAGAGGGAGCGUUACCGUCAGCUCAUGCUGUGCUUCAACAUGAGUGCCGCUGAGACAGCCAGAAAAACACGAGAAUUCCGCUCCCCACCACAAGAACAGAUUAACAUGCUCAUGAAUUUCAAAAUGGGGCCAGAUGAAGAGGUUUGCCCUCUUCCAGAUAAAGUGAGAGAUGUCUUGCUUGACUUCCAUGUGAAACUUCUUGCACAUUGUGGUAUUCAAAUAGAAGAAGAUGAGGAAGAGAAAGAAAAAGAUACUUCACUCAAAGGGCGUUUACUAAAUCUUGUUGAAAAAGUAAGAAACUUGAGGAAAAAGGAUGAAAUCGAGCAGGCUCCAAUUGAAGAAGACAAAACACCUAGUACAUUGCAGGAGCUGAUUUCUCACACUGUGGUUCAUUGGGCCCAGGAAGCCUUCAUCCAGAACCCUGAACUUGUGAGGUUGAUGUUCAGCUUGCUGCAUAGACAAUACGAUGGCGUUGGUGAACUUAUCCGGGCUAUGCCAAAGGCCUAUAUUAUUAGCGCUACAUCCGUGGAGGACACCAUGAACUUGUUGGAAUGUCUAGGUCAGAUUCGCUCAUUGCUCAUUGUCCAAAUGGGUCCAGAAGAAGAGAGGCUUAUGAUCCAGAGCAUCGGAAACAUCAUGAACAAUAAAGUCUUCUAUCAGCAUCCAAAUUUGAUGCGUGCUUUGGGAAUGCAUGAGACUGUUAUGGAAGUAAUGGUGAAUGUGUUGGGUGGUGGCGAUUCCAAGGAGAUACGGUUCCCCAGAAUGGUGACAAACUGCUGCCGAUUCCUUUGCUAUUUCUGUCGCAUCAGUCGUCAGAAUCAGAGAGCCAUGUUUGAUCAUUUAAGCUACCUAUUGGAUAAUAGUGGCAUUGGACUGGGAAUGCGAGGUUCUACUCCACUGGAUGUUGCAGCUGCUUCAUGCAUUGACAAUAAUGAACUUGCACUCGCUCUGCGGGAACCGGAUAUGGAAAAGGUGGUGACAUACCUGGCGGGAUGUGGAUUGCAAAGCUGCCCGAUGCUUCUGGCAAAAGGAUAUCCAGAUAUUGGGUGGAAUCCUGUUGGAGGCGAACGCUAUCUAGAUUUUCUACGUUUUGCUGUAUUUGUUAAUGGUGAAAGUGUUGAAGAAAAUGCCAAUGUCGUUGUGCGCUUGCUAAUACGUCGCCCUGAAUGCUUUGGGCCAGCCCUACGAGGUGAAGGUGGUAGUGGUUUACUUGGGGCCAUCGAGGAUGCUAUCAAGAUUUCUGAGGAUCCUGCCCGUGAUGGACCAACGGUCAAGAAAGACCGUAGACGGGAAUUCUAUAGUGAAGAGGUCCAUGAAGAAAAUCGUGUCCAUCUGGGGAAUGCCAUCAUGUCUUUCUAUUCAGCACUAAUCGAUCUAUUGGGCCGCUGUGCUCCAGAAAUGCAUUUGAUUCAAGCUGGCAAAGGUGAAGCAUUGAGAAUCCGAGCUAUCCUGCGAUCCUUGGUUCCCAUUGAAGACUUGGUUGGUGUUAUAAGCCUGCCAGUGCAGAUACCUGCCUUUGGAAAAGAUGGCAACCUUGUUGAGCCUAAAAUGUCAGCCAGUUUUGUCCCUGACCAUAAGGCUCCCAUGGUGCUGUUCCUGGACCGUGUGUAUGGGAUAGAGAGUCAAGAUUUUCUCCUUCAUGUUUUGGAGGUUGGCUUCUUACCUGACAUGAGAGCUGCUGCCUCCUUGGACACUGUUGCUUUCAGUACCACAGAGAUGGCCCUGGCUUUGAACCGUUACCUUUGCACUGCAGUUCUCCCACUGAUAACCAAGUGUGCACCGUUGUUUGCUGGGACGGAACAUAGAGCUAUAAUGAUUGAUUCCAUGCUUCACACCAUUUACCGGUUGUCCAGGGGUCGCUCACUGACCAAGGCUCAGAGGGAUGUUAUUGAAGAAUGUCUGAUGGCUCUGUGCAGCUUUCUCCGUCCAUCUAUGUUGCAGCACCUACUGCGUCGACUGGUGUUUGAUGUACCAAUAUUGAAUGAAUAUGCCAAGAUGCCACUGAAGUUGCUAACCAAUCACUAUGACAGAUGUUGGAAAUACUACUGUCUUCCAUCUGGAUGGGCAAAUUAUGGUGUAACCUCUGAAGAAGAACUCCAUCUGACUCGGAAACUCUUCUGGGGAAUCUUUGAGUCGGUGUCUCAGAAGAGAUAUGAUUCUGACUUGUUCAAGACGGUGAUGCAGUGCCUUUGUGCGAUCGCUGGUGCACUCUCUCCAGAUUAUGUUGAUGCCAGCUAUUCCUCCAAGGUUGAGAAGAAAGCUUCAGUGGAUUCAGAAGGCAACUUUGACCCUAAACCUGUGGACACUAUGAAUGUCAUCAUUCCUGAAAAAUUGGACCCCAUUAUCAACAAGUAUGCAGAGUAUACACAUGACAAGUGGGCUUUCGAGAAGAUACAAAAUAACUGGAGUUUUGGUGAAAUUAUUGAUGAAGAGGCUCGAACACACCCAUGGUUGAGGCCAUACAAAACAUUCUCUGAAAAGGACCGAGAAAUCUAUAGAUGGCCCAUCAAAGAAUCCCUGAAAGCUACGAUUGCUUGGGAGUGGACACUUGAAAAGGCAGGCGAGGGAGUGGAAAAAAGUGACAAAGGAGAGAAGAAAACUCGCAAGAUUUCACAGUCCGCACAGGUUGUCUAUGAUCCUAGUCAUGGUUACAAUCCGCAGCCACCCGAACUGUUGAACAUGACUUUGUCUCGUGAGUUGCAGUCAAUGGCAGAGCAACUUGCUGAAAACUACCACAACACAUGGGGUCGGAAGAAGAAGCUGGAACUACAAGCCAAAGGUGGAGGAAGUCAUCCACUUUUGGUGCCAUAUGAUACAUUGACAGCGAAAGAAAAAGCUCGGGACAGGGAGAAAGCUCAUGAACUGCUCAGAUUCUUGCAUAUGCAUGGAUAUGCUGUAACAAGAGGUAUGAAAGAUAUGGAAUUGGACACAUCUUCAAUCGAGAAGAGAUUUGCCUUUGGUUUCCUGAAGAAAUUGUUGCAGUGGUUGGACAUAGCUCAAGAGUUUGUUUUACACAUAGAGGCUGUUGUUAGCAGUGGAAGAGUUGAGAAAUCCCCUCAUGAACAGGAGAUCAAGUUCUUUGUAAAGAUUUUGCUCCCAUUGAUUAAUCAAUACUUCAAGAACCAUUGCUUAUACUUCCUUUCAACUCCAGCUGAACUCCUGGGCAGUGGAGGACAUGCCUCAAACAAAGAAAAGGAAAUGAUAGCCAGUAUCUUCUGCAAACUGGCAGCUUUGGUCAGACAUAGAAUCUCCCUCUUUGGUACUGAUGCCCCUGCAGUUAUAAACUGUUUGCAUAUCUUAGCAAGAUCCCUGGAUGCCAGGACAGUGAUGAAAUCUGGACCUGAAAUAGUGAAAGCUGGUUUGCGGUCAUUCUUUGAGGGAGCUGCUGAAGAUAUUGAGAAAACUGCAGAAAAUCUGAAGCUCGGUAAAGUCUCUCAGAGUCGAACCCAAGUGAAAGGAGUUGCUCAGAAUAUCAACUACACUACCGUGGCCCUGCUGCCUGUACUCACCUCACUGUUUGAUCAUGUGGCCCAGCAUCAAUUCGGAGACGAUGUCAUGUUGGAUGAUGUUCAAGUUGCUUGCUAUCGAAUCUUGUCCAGUAUUUAUACUCUUGGAACUACAAAGAACUCUUACGUGGAAAGGCAGCGUCCCUCUCUGGGUGAAUGUCUCGCACGAUUGGCGGCUGCUAUGCCAGUGGCCUUCCUGGAGCACCAUCUCAAUGACCACAACGUGUGUUCAGUUUACAACACAAAGUCUCCACGCGAAAGGGCCAUUUUGGGUUUGCCAAACAGUGUUGAGGAAAUGUCUCCAGACAUUCCUGAUCUGGAUAAUCUUAUGAAAGAAAUUAAUGAUCUCGCAGAGUCUGGUGCUCGAUAUACGGAGAUGCCACAUGUUAUUGAAAUCACACUUCCUAUGUUGUGUAACUAUCUGCCACGAUGGUGGGAACAGGGACCUGAGAAUAUUGCCGAUGAAACCGAAAUACACUGUACAAGCAUCACCUCUGAACACCUCAAUGCCAUGCUGGGAAAUAUUCUGAAGAUUAUAGUUAAUAAUUUGGGUAUUGAUGAAGCAUCUUGGAUGAAAAGACUUGCAGUGUUUGCACAACCAAUUAUCAGCAAGGCCAAGCCUGAACUAUUGAAAUCCCAUUUCAUCCCUACCAUGGAAAAGUUAAAGAAGAGAUCAAAAAAAGUAGUGGCUGAGGAGGAUCAAUUGCGCAUGGAGGGCAAGGGUGACGUCGAGGAGAGUGAAUUACUAAUUCGCGAUGAAUUUUCUGUUCUCUGUCGUGAUUUGUAUGCUUUGUAUCCACUGCUGAUUCGUUACGUAGACAAUAACAGAGCCAUGUGGUUAACAGAACCAAACCCCGAUGCUGAAGAGCUUUUCAGAAUGGUUGGAGACAUCUUCAUCCUGUGGUCAAAGUCACAUAAUUUCAAACGUGAGGAGCAGAACUUUGUGGUGCAAAAUGAAAUCAACAAUAUGUCAUUUCUGACUGCAGACAGCAAAAGCAAGAUGUCCAAGGCUGGAGAGGAUGGACAGUCAGGAGGGUCUGACCAAGAAAGGACAAAAAAGCAGAGGAGGGGUGAUCGCUACUCCGUUCAGACGUCCCUGAUUGUAGCAACUCUGAAAAAAAUGCUUCCAAUUGGCCUGAACAUGUGUUCACCUGCUGAUCAAGAACUCAUUAACACAGCCAAGAUAAGAUAUUCCCUGAAAGAUACCGAUGAAGAAGUACAAGAGUUUCUACAAGACAACCUCCAUUUGCAAGGAAAGUGUGAAAAUUCUUCUUCAAUGCGAUGGCAGAUGGCAUUAUACAAGGACAUUGCUGGCAAAGCUGAAGACAGCAACGAUCCUGAAAAGAUAGUGAAACGAGUGCAGGAGGUCUCUGCUGUUCUGUUUCACCUGGAGCAGACAGAACAUCCUUUCAAGUCCAAGAAGAUGGUUUGGCACAAAUUGUUAUCCAAGCAGCGCAGGAGAGCUGUGGUAGCAUGUUUCCGAAUGACCCCCCUAUAUAACUUGCCAAGACAUAAGAUUAGCUAUUACUUCAUGAACGCCUAUAUGGGACUAUGGCUUCGCAGAGCGUGUGGAGAAACAGACUUUGCUAGUCUAGUGUACCUUCUGAUGAAAUCAGGUGAAGCAGAAGAAGAGGAGGAAGAGGCAAAAGAAUCAAAACCUGAUCCACUUCAUCAGUUGAUUCUUCACUUCAGUCGUACCGCUCUAACUGAGAAGAGCAAACUGGAAAUGGACCAUCUCUACAUGUCAUAUGCUGAUAUCAUGGCAAAGAGUUGUCACAUUGAAGAAGAAGCAGAGGAAGAAAAUGAAGAAGACGCUGAGCUUAGUUUUGAAGAAAAGGAGAUGGAGAAACAAAGACUUCUCUACCAGCAGUCCAGAUUACACAGCCGUGGAUCUGCUGAGAUGGUUCUACAAAUGAUUAGUGCAUGCAAGGGUGAGCCUGGUGCAAUGGUUUCCUCAACUCUAAAGCUUGGUAUUUCCAUUCUGAAUGGCGGUAAUAAUGAAGUCCAACAGAAAAUGCUAGACUAUCUGAAGGAGAAAAGAGAGACUGGUUUCUUUCAAAGUAUGCAAGCUCUCAUGCAAACCUGCAGUGUUCUGGAUCUCAACGCAUUUGAAAGACAGAAUAAGGCUGAAGGCCUAGGAAUGGUCACAGAAGAGGGAACCAUCAUCAAACGUGAACGUGAAGGCAAACAAAACGGUUCUGGUGAGAAGGUGAUGUCAGACGAUGAAUUUACUCAAGAUCUGUUCAGGUUCCUGCAGUUGCUUUGUGAGGGGCACAAUAACGAUUUCCAGAAUUACCUGAGAACUCAAAUAGGGAACACUACAACUAUCAACAUCAUUAUUUGCACAGUCGACUACCUGCUGCGCUUACAGGAAUCCAUCAGUGAUUUCUAUUGGUACUACUCUGGUAAAGACGUUGUUGAUGAGCAAGGGAAAAGAAACUUCUCCAAGGCUAUGGCUGUUGCUAAGCAAGUUUUUAAUAGUCUUACUGAAUAUAUUCAGGGUCCAUGUACUGGUAACCAGCAAAGUCUGGCUCACAGCAGAUUAUGGGAUGCAGUUGUUGGCUUUCUCCACAUCUUUGCACACAUGAUGAUGAAGCUUGCGCAGAUGCCUGAUAAUGGAGGAUCCAGAAAUAGCGAUUCUAGCCAGAUUGAAUUGUUGAAGGAGCUCUUGGACUUGCAGAAAGACAUGGUGGUAAUGCUGCUUUCAUUACUGGAAGGAAAUGUUGUGAACGGAACGAUUGCGAAGCAAAUGGUGGAUAUGUUGGUCGAGUCUUCAAGCAAUGUUGAAAUGAUCCUAAAGUUCUUUGAUAUGUUCUUGAAACUAAAGGACAUUGUGGCUUCUGAUGCAUUUAAAGAUUAUGUAACUGACCCCAGAGGACUUAUCUCGAAGAAGGAUUUUCAGAAAGCAAUGGACAGUCAGAAGCAAUACUCAUCUUCUGAGAUCCAGUUCCUACUUUCAUGCUCAGAAGCGGAUGAGAAUGAAAUGAUAAACUAUGAGGAAUUUGCUAACCGGUUCCAGGAGCCAGCCAAGGACAUAGGUUUUAACGUAGCUGUGCUACUCACUAAUCUGUCUGAGCAUGUCCCUCAUGAUACAAGACUUCAAAACUUCUUGGCAUUAGCAGAAAGUAUUCUCAAUUAUUUCCAGCCUUUCCUGGGCCGCAUCGAGAUCAUGGGCGCCAGUAAGAGGAUAGAGCGCAUUUACUUUGAGAUUAGUGAGGCCAAUAAAACACAGUGGGAGAUGCCUCAGGUGAAAGAGUCGAAGCGGCAGUUUAUCUUUGAUGUGGUGAAUGAAGGUCGAGAAUCUGAGAAGAUGGAAUUUUUUGUCAACUUCUGUGAAGACACCAUUUUUGAGAUGCAAAUCGCUUCAAAGAUCUCGGAAACAGAUGAGGGAGAAAAGUCAGAAGAAGAAGAAGAGGAAGAAGAAAAUGCUGAAGCAACAGAGGCUGAGAAAAUAUCUUCUCCAGCUGAAGCACCAUCUGCUUUUUCGGGAUUCUUUAGCUCCAUUGUCGACUUUUUUAAAAUAUUCACAUUUAAGAAUGUAAGGAAAAGGUAUAGAAAACUAAAGAAGAUGACAAUUAAAGAGAUUGUGAUGUCUCUGGUGUCCUUCUUUUGGACUUUGUUUAUAGGCAUUUUGCAGUUUAUCUACAGUAUCUGUAGUGGUUUCUUCAUGAUAAUAUGGAAUACCUUAUUUGGGGGUGGCUUAGUUGAAGGAGCUAAACAUUUGACAGUCACAGAACUCCUGGCUAGUAUGCCUGAUCCUACUCAGGAUGAGGUUCACGCUGAUCUUCCUGACAUUAGUAAGACAGAGGUUGAAGACUCUGCAGUCCAGUCUGAGUUUGAUGAGCAAGCUAAAGAUGAAGAAACAACCGAGAAGACUGAUGCAAAGAGGGAAAGCGGCCAGUUAAGGAUGGGUUCACCUGAAUCCAACCUAGGACUUGGUGACAUUGUGGAAUCUGCGGCAGCUGAGCCUCCAACCCCAGAGGGAACACCACCUAGUUUUAGGAAGGUCAGGCAACUUCAGCUGGAUAUCAAGUCUGAAGAGCAACUCAAGACUGAAGCAGAGAAAGCAGACAUCGAGAAUGGUGAGAAGGCGGAGAUGGAUAUGAAAGAAAAAGAGGUGGUUGAACUCCCGGUAGAACAACCAGGAGAAAAAGGAGAGCCAGAAGAAAAAGCAGAAAUGGAAGAGAAAGGAGAGGCGGAAGAGAAAGGAAAGCCAAAAGAAAUAGAAAAGGCUGAUGGAGAAAAAGAAGAAAAAGAAGAAGUUUCUACACUAGCAAAAAAGGCAAGAAAAAAAGCCAAGAUGGAGAGGAAAAAGGUGGAACCAGAAGCAGUGAUGGAGUUCUGGAGCGAGUUUGAAAAUUAUAAGACAAAGCUCUUGAAUUAUCUGUCAAGAAAUUUCUAUAAUCUCCGCUUCCUGGCUCUGUUUGUGGCAUUUGCAAUCAACUUUAUCCUCCUCUUCUAUAAGGUGUCAGUGCUUGAAGAUGAGGAAGACUUUGAAGGAUCAGGCUUUAACGAUGAAAUGAUGAGCAAUGGCUUUGGAAAUGGAAAUGGUGAUGAAGAAGAGGAGGAGGAAGAUGACGAUUCAUUGGUAUAUUUUGUCAUUGAAGAGAGUACAGGUUAUAUGGCACCAACUUUGAAAAUCCUCUCAAUUCUUCACACACUGCUCUCUUUCCUCUGCAUUAUCGGAUACAACUGCUUAAAGGUUCCUUUGGUCAUCUUUAAACGGGAGAAGGAACUUGCCAGGAAAUUGGAAUUUGAUGGUUCAUAUAUCACAGAGCAGCCUGCAGACGAUGACAUUAAAGGACAAUGGGAUCGGCUUGUUCUUAAUACACCGUCAUUCCCAAAUAACUACUGGGACAAAUUCGUCAAAAGAAAGGUGUUAGAUAAGUAUGGUGAUAUCUAUGGCAGGGAGCGCAUCGCAGAGCUGCUGGGCAUGGAUAUGAGUGCCUUGGAUGUCACUGUGCCUCAGGAAAAGAAACCCGCGACUGAUAGCUCUGUUCUCUCAUGGAUCACAUCCUUAGAUAUCAAGUACCAGAUUUGGAAGUUUGGUGUGAUAUUCACUGACAAUUCCUUCCUGUAUCUUUGUUGGUAUUUGGUCAUGUCUAUCCUUGGCCAUCACAACAACUUCUUCUUUGCGGCACAUCUGCUGGAUAUUGCUAUGGGUGUCAAGACUCUUCGCACCAUUCUGUCUUCUGUAACGCACAAUGGCAAGCAGCUGAUGAUGACUGUGGGACUGCUGGCUGUCGUUGUGUAUCUCUACACAGUUGUGGCUUUUAACUUCUUCCGCAAAUUUUAUAACAAGAGUGAGGAUGAAGAUGAGCCAGAUAUGAAGUGCGAUGAUAUGAUGACAUGUUACCUGUUCCACAUGUACGUGGGUGUGCGAGCUGGAGGUGGUAUUGGUGAUGAGAUUGAAGACCCAGCUGGAGACGAAUAUGAGCUCUACCGUGUUGUCUUUGACAUCACCUUCUUCUUUUUUGUCAUUGUUAUCCUUCUAGCAAUCAUUCAAGGUUUGAUUAUUGAUGCUUUUGGUGAACUGAGAGACCAGCAGGAGCAGGUGAAAGAGGAUAUGGAGACCAAAUGCUUCAUUUGUGGGAUUGGUAGCGACUACUUUGACACGACACCGCACGGGUUUGAAACACACACUUUGGAGGAACACAACUUGGCAAAUUACAUGUUCUUCCUGAUGUAUCUAAUUAACAAAGAUGAAACUGAACACACGGGUCAGGAAUCAUACGUGUGGAAGAUGUACCAGGAACGAUGCUGGGAUUUCUUCCCUGCUGGAGACUGCUUCCGGAAGCAAUAUGAAGAUCAACUGGGAUAAUGUUGAUGCUUAUAUACUGCACUUCUAACAACCUAUCACUUCUAACUAGUUCUGGAAUAAAAGUCACCUUUUUGCUGUCUGACAAAUGCUUGUAAAAAGAACAAAUUAAACUGGAUUUUAUUAUGUACACAGUUUUUAAACAAAAUAACUGAACCAGAUAUGUAAAUUGGCCAUGCUGCUUUUGCACACACUAAUCAAUUAAUGAGUCUUGAUAUAGAUUUAUACUUGAGUGUACAUUGAAAAGUCUUGAUAUUUUAUGUAUCUAUUUUACAAAUAGGAGAAAAGGUUGGUUAAAAUAAAGUGCCUUAGCCUAAUCCUGAUAUGCCAUGUAAUACAAACCCUUUAUACCUUUCCCAUUAUGCAGGUAAUGAGAUGUCUGUCACCUUGCUGCACUAUUUGAUGGUGUUAGCACCAUUGUCACUGCAUUCUACUUUCAAUCCUAAUAACUGAAAUAGCCACUGAAUUCAAGCAGCCACAUUCUGUUUGCAAACCGUCGCAGUGCUGUUCAUUAUGGGGCUCCCAGAAUCUGUCUAUGUUCAUCAAAAGACAAGUAAACAGCACGUUCACAAAACCAAUAUUUGCCAAUCUUUUUAACUCCAUGCUUAAAUGCUCCCAUAUGAACAGUUUUCUGAUGCUGCCCUGAUCAUCUGGUUACAAGGUGUUGCUAUGCAGAUAUGAAAACCUGGUGUCAGGGUUCAUCCAGGUAAAGACCAGUGUACUCUGGAAUUAAUUUUGUAGUGCACGGUUCGAAGCUUAAAUAUUAUAUUGCUGUCCUAAUUUAUUUUGUUGAAAUAAUUUUAAUUGAUCGUUGCAGAGAUAUCUUUAAUCAACUAUUUAUUUAAUUUGGUAUUUAUGUUGUCUCAAACUCCUGCUUAUUUGUUUUCUAAGACUAUGCAGUUUGACGUGUUACUUUGCUCGGACUGAUUUAUCCUGUAUUUAAGAGGGUGGUUUGGAAGAGCUAUUGUGCAUCAUGUUUAUACCACUCAUUUAUGUGGAAUGGAUAUAGUCAAUGCUUUGUUGGUAAAUCUUUCAAAAUUAGCAUCAGGUUUCUUUCUAGUUGUUUCAGAGGGGUGAUUAUUGUGGCAUUUCCCAACCAGUGUUGGUUGCGAUUUUAAUUUAAAUUUUGCUGGAAGGAUAGGAAUGCAUUUUUACACAAGUUAGUCCCUCUUGACUGUACAACUCUAAGUGUAAAACAGUGUUCAUUUUAAUCCUAUUUUUUUAAAUGAAACAUUGCUACACUGAAAACUGGAACACACAACGCAAAUACAAAAUUGGCAAUAUUGAUGCAGUUCAUAAGUUAGACUAAUAGCUCAUUCUGUAGCCUUUCCUGUGUAAUUUUCAUUGCCAACUCUUCAGCCAUUUAGUUCCAAAACAUCUUAAAAUAAUGUUGGUUACAUUUCCAGAGCUAUAGAGAAAUUAAAUGACGUGACUGCUUCAAAGAUGACACAAUACAAUAUUUGCUUGAAUGUACAACCAAAUAUAGUCAAACUCAGGAGAAAUUAACUUGGUUCCUAUCUCCUUUUACACAAUAAAAGUUGUUUGCUGUUCAA